AGGCUGAGAUUAUCAUUGCGUUAUUUUUCCCGGCCCUUUCCUGCGAGAUGACGUCCCGAUGUUCGCGCCUGACGUGCCCGAAAGGAUUUUUUAUUGCGAUGACGUAAUUCGAAAUUUAUAGUACUGUAGUGUGCUCCACAUUUUUUUAUGUAAUGGAGCUUAGGGUGUGAGACUAACGCCAUCAUUGUUUACACACGACGUCGUCGCGAUAGCGUCAUUAAACCUUUAGCGCGCGUACAUUCGUAUGACGUCAUUAAGCAGUGAGGUUCCCGUCGCGUUCACACAAACGUCACUGAAAGCGCCCGUUAUUACCCGUGAUGCUCUCCGCGACAGUUCAAACGCGCGCCGUGACGUUGUGUGGCGCGGCCCUGCUCCGUCCGGAGCCCGAAACGCGACGCCAAGAUUCAAGCUCAUAGCUGACUCGGCAGACACCUUCAACCCCGUCUACUCAUCAACACCAGCUCGCCUCCGACAAAACUCCGGCGCGAUGGAUCCCUUCACGCAGAAGCUGCUGGAGCGCACGCGCGCACGCCGCGAGCUACUACAGCAGAAAAUGAGUGAGCGGCCAAGCCCCAGCAAGAGGCUGCGUGAGCCUUUGACCGAUGCCAACAUGCGAGGCGGUACCCUGACUCCCCUCACGACCCAGGAGCCCCCUUGCGGAAAGAGCAAUCAAGUCGGAGCCAGCAUCCCGUCGCCCUCCAAGCGUCUGUGUGCAGGGGACGUGACUUUGGAGGGGGGGAGCUCCCCAGCCCCAAGGAGCCAGAGCCUGGAUUCGCGCAGGGUAGAGCGUUCGGUGAAGGCGGACACCCCUGCCAUCGCGUCGGUGCGAUCGCGGCUACGCAACCUCUCCCAACAGAUUGGAGACGAGGAAGAAUCGUCGGAGAACUGGCCCGGCCCCGUGAGCCCCACAUGGGGCCCGCGCGCUCGCCUUGACGUGCGCCCAUCGCCCGUGCGCCGCGUGGGUCCCGCCGCCCUCGCCCAGCGCAUCUCGUCGUGGGAGGGCCACUCGGCCUCCCCGCCUACAACCGGAGCGCCGCUGCUACCGCCACCACCACAGAGGGCAGUCGGCACCACUGCCCACCAAGAGGUGGACGUUCUGCUUGUGGUGCACUCCACUAAGGUCGUCUUCCCGGAAGCGAUGACCACCGAGAUCCCGCUACUAGCCGCUGCUGCAGAUGAUCGCUGUGAAAAUAAUUUGCCGGCUGUCCUUCCCGGAGACGAUACCCCAGCAACAGGGCUGUCCGAGAGACAGCUACGGACCCAGGCCGCCCUAGCGAAGCUGAGGGAGCUGAGAGCAAAGGACCCGGCCGCCCUCCGCCAGCGUAUCCAGGAAUGCAGCGUGGGGGCAGCGAUCACGGCACUCGCUGGCACAGAUGAUGAACGGCGCUCGGCAGAGGACGAAGGCGCUCCAAUCUUCCUGCAUAUUGCUUCGCCACCACUGAAGGUCACGGGUCAAAAUGAUGACCAAGAAGUAAACCCCGUGGAGAGGUCUGAUGGUGGCGAGGAGGAAGCGGAGGGUGGCGGCGGCGAUGGUGUGGAGCGGACGAGCUGCUUGCCGGCGAUCGAUCGACUGCCUGAGGGAGCGCUGGUGCAAGACGACGAGGGGUCAAGCGGCACGAACGACGCGGUGAAGUCGCCCGCGCUGCCCACGUCACCGCCCCCGAGCGUGUCCCUGCACCAGGAAGAGAUGCGUGACGCCGGCACGGCAGAGGGGGAGCACACGGCCGAAGACACUGGACUCCCCUACAGCGUGGACGCCUACCGCACCCAACGCCGUGCCGCACAGCCGCCCAAGCCGCAGAGCUCGAUGCCGUUCCUGCGUGGUGACCAGAAGCCCCCGCCUGCAGCGCAACAUCAGCGGCAGCAGGGCCAGGCCACCAAGGAGAGGGUGAAGCUGCUGAACGGAGAGAUCGCGUCGCAGCAGAGGAUCAUCCAGCAGGCGAGCCAGGCCCUCAACUGCUGCGUGGACGAGGAUCACGGCAAGGGCUCCGUGGAGGAGGCCGAGGCCGAGAGGCUGCUGCUCAUCAGCACUGAGAAGCGCCUGGCUCUGCUCAUCGAGCUAAACGACCUCAAGGGGCAGCAGGCACCCGAGGACGGACAGCAGCAGCCUGCCCGGAGCGACGCUCGGAUGGCACCUUCGAAGGCAGAGGUCUGCCGUGGCACCGUGCUGGUGUCCAACGUCUGCCUGCCGCUCAAGGCAGACUUUGUGUGCUCCCUGGCAAGCAAACCGGAUCGCUGCAACUACUACUUCUUCGUGCUGUUCCGUCAUGGCUCCACAGACGUGGUGGCCACGCCGCUGGCGUCUACGCUGCACAGCAUGGACGGGGACUCGCUUGCUUUCCCCACCAAGUUCUCGCUGGAAGGUGUUCAGAGUGAUUUUGAAAUCGACGUGGAAGUCUACAGCCUGGCCCAAAGGAAAGAUGGAGAACCCUCGGAUAAGAGACGCCGCUCGACCAAGUCAAAGGUCAUGACUCCUAAAAAGCUACUUACUUCCAUCACUAGGAAUCAUCCGUACUCUCCAGCCAUGAGCAGUGCGGGCGGACCCAACGCAGUGCGUGUGAGCAACUUCUCUCUCGUCGGCUCGCACAAGAUCACGCGCGCCUCGCUCGGCACCUCCAGGUUUCUCUUGGACAAGAUGAAGUUUGAUGGGAAAGUCAGACACCUGCUGGGAGAUGAGUUUCAAGAGAAGGUGCCGUUCCUGUCGCCCUUGGAGGGGCCGAUCUUUUUGAAGGUCGAGUGCCGAGCGGCGUCGGCUGUCGAACACCGCGGCUUCCUGACGGUGUUUGAGGACGUGGGUGGUCUGGGCGCCUGGCACCGCCGCUGGUUCGUGCUCGCAGGGAUGCGACUCAGCUACUGGACGUACCCCGACGACGAGCGAAGCAAGGAGGCGCUGGGUCAGGUCAGGCUGGCGGAGGUGGAGGAGCCUCGCGUGGGGCCGGCGAGCCGUGAGGCGUGCGCACGCCCCAACACGUUGGAGCUGAGGACGGCACGUGCAGCACGCCCACAUGACUGCCAGACGCUUGUGCGCAAACGGAAGGACGCGCUGCUGGUCUCCCGGUACUGGCUGUCAGCCGACACAAAGGAGGAGCGUGACUUGUGGAUGAACAAAGUGAACCAGGUGCUGCUUGACCUGCGCACCUGGCAGCCACGGAGCUCUUGCAAGCCCUAAGGGUCCCCAACUGCUGCUCGCACUCCUAUGCAUUCACACGUCUCGCAUGUUCAGUUACAAUACACUGGCUUUAUGCAACUUCUAAAACCGACCACAUCUCAAUACGCUGUACAAGAACAGUGGGAAUACUUAUUUUGUAGAGCGAGGCAGUUGGUCUAAGAGCAGAGGAAAUAUGAAGGUUUUGAGCGUGGACUUGAGCAGUGGCAGGUAGUGGAUAGCACAGAUGGAUGGGGGAGAAGGAAGUUCCAGCUACACUCACUCCACGGUUAGCCUCACUUCUACGACUCCUGUCUCCAUGCACCUUCUCGUACAAGAACACACUCCUGCUCUUCUUUGAUUUGAGCUUUUGUGAGGUUAGCGCUGGUCAUUUUUGUGUUCGUUGGAGCUGUGUUGAAGCUGACCUGUUGAGCAGCAAUUGCCUAGGUUGUGGCUGAUAUUGCCACCGUGCUGUUAUUUUCCACCAAGCAUACAAAGUGUCGUUUGCGAAACACUUAACAGAGAGAAAUUGGCACCCAAAAAACCAGAAUGCGUUUUGGCUUUAGUUCGCUAUGCGGAAAGCUAUGGUUACCGGCUUGGUAUUGUGCAUGGCCAGUUUUUCUGUUUUUAGAUGACGGUUUCAGAAUCUGAGUUGUCCACAAGUUACUCAAUACUCCUAAUUGCUACAUGUGCAGUGUGCAACACUCUAUACUCAUGUACUGAAUUUAGCUGCUGUUAUAAUAUGUACUUAUGGCAAUGUUACGGCUGCAGUGGCUCCUCAAACGGGAGCCACUGAAAUAGCGCACCUCGUAGUGCGAACACGUUGUAGCCUCAUGUCCCAUUGGGGAUGAAGAGUAAGUAGUGCUAACACUAAGAGUAUAUAGAAGGAUUCUGCAUGCAAGCAGUAAUUCACUAAACACUACGUACUGCCUUUUAAAAUGUAAACGCAAUACUCGGUGCACAUAUCUGUAGUGCUAAAGCAGCUGCCUAAUCAUAGCAACAAAAUUGGCACCGCCUUUAGCAGAAGACACCUGGUGCAAAACUUUUGAAUGAUUCACUUGCAAGCCAGUUCCUAGGAUGUUACCUUCACAUGCCAUACAUACUUUCCUUUGCAAUGAACGUUAUUACCACACUUGAAUGCACCAAUACUGUUCAGGAUGAGGUGUAAUGCAUUGAUAAGGUUUGUGUAUCUCCUGCUGUAGUUGGCCCAUGUGGACAGCUGUGUUACCUUUAGACAGUUAAAAGUUAAAAGGGCCAGAUGCCGCAUUUGGUCCUUUACGGUAAUUUCAUGGACGCACCGCAGCGUUGGCCACAGUUCAUUGUGAACGCCAAAAAUGAGGAUUCCAAGUGUGAAAGCGUAACGACUACAUGGGUAGGUCACACUGCUUGGGGAGUGUAGCACUACACCUGAUGCUCAUGCCAACCUUAAUGCUUAAUUCUUUUCACCUUUUGAUUCGCUAUUAAUUGUUGGUGUACAGACACGACCUGGUGGUUAGACUGAGAAAACAAGGGCAGGUAAUAUGCACAAGACGAGUUAGCGUAACCCGGGCCCAGUAAGCUGCCAAACUCUCGUCACCCAGCACUUUAUGAGCAAUGUCUUGCCUUUUAACUCUUCAGUCUUGCGCACAACCAGUCCAGUCAGCAGUUCCAAAUGGACGUCGUUUAAACGACAGCUAUUGGGGUUUGUGAGCAUGACACCCCGGGCAGCCGUGUGCGUUGUAUGUAUGUUGAAUUUAUUUUUCACCAUAUGCAGCCAACCGUGCUAAUCGGAGGUGCAAAUAUUUGGAUUGAAUCGAAACAGCGGCAAUGAAUGUGAGCGCUCAGGCCACUGAACAGUCAAGUUGGUGGAACACAAACUUUUUGCGAUACUUACCGGUUGAGGGGCUGCCUGCAGUAGGCAGUACACCAAGUAGGUUCCUAACAUGCCAUCCGUGUAACACAGUUUGAGUGGAAUUAAAGUUUCCUCCAGCAAAUGAUAAUCAAGUGGCUCUCACAUCACACGCAGGACCCUCGUGAGAAUUAUUCUUAAGACUCGGGAGAGGUUUCCUGAAAAUUUUCUUCAAAUUAUAUUUCCUUGUGUUUAGUAGAACUGCCAUUUCAUGUGCAGGCACCCUUUUCCCUUCUCUUAACACCUCCAUAGAUGUUUGUCCCCUGUAUAGGAGACGAGAGAUGAGAAAGCAAUCCUCACUUAAUGUGUUUGUGAAAGUCUUUAAAGGUCAUGAUCCAGAACUUUCAAGCAUUCAUGGUCAAUCCAAGGAGUACCAUGACCAGUGAGUGCCAGGGAAGUGAGCUGUUGUGCUAUGGAGAGAAUGCUGCCAGCAAAGCGAUGUGGUAGUUCCACCAAUUGCUGUGGAAUACUUGGCCAGUAUUGUUUUAAGAUGUUUUAGUGUGUGUAGGAAUUAACUAAUCGCUAGAGACCUUUCAUAUUUACAUGCUCGUGAAAUUCAACACUGAUUAUUAUAAACGGUUCAUCGUGGUAUAUUUGGAGUAGGUAACAACUGCUUUCACGUGUAUCUUCAUGCAAAUAAUUGUUUUAUAUAAACUCUAUCUUGCAUUUAAUGGAAAUAAAUAUUUUAACAUUGGUCUUAACCCUGGAACGUAGAUGUAGAUUCAACUAAUCAAUGUGCCUUAUGUAUUAAAAUUCAGUUGAUAAAAUGAUUGUACCGUAUAAACGUUCUUAUUUGAGUUGUGAAUUGUACACUCAAUAAGCAAUGGUAACAAAAAUGUAUCAGCUAUAAAGACGGACUUGUAUUAAGCCUGUACUGAUGUCGUCUGCAACAACACUCCAGAGCGCCAGACCUCGCGCAACUUUCCUCUGCAUCGCCACCAACGACAACUGCCAUUUGCCACGAAGUGGUGGUGACGUCACCACGGCCCUUGUGCCAGGCUAUUUGCACCAAGGGCCACGUGAAGUGUCGAACGCCGCCUGGCAGGUCACGGGACAGACCCAGGUGCCAUGGGUUGACAGACUUUCCUCUGCAUCACCACCACAGCUCGCGAGCACGAAAGGUGCACUCCCAGUACAGACCGAGCCCACGACUUACCCUCCAUGGCCCUGGCGAUUGGAAGGGUUUCGAAAUCAUGAUAACUGGAGUUCAGUGGCUAUAUGGUCUCAAAUCAUAAUCCCAAGGCAGAUAUUUCCCGAGUUGGUCCCAUCCGCUUGAGGUUGCAAAUAAAUGUUAAUUGUGGGUUUUUGGAAAGGUCUAUAGCCGCCAGGCAUAGAACAAUUCACCUCCCUCCACCAAUUUGAUUGUUACAAAAACAAUAUUUGUAUUCAGGAAUAUUUUAAUGAUUACUUGCACCUUAUUUGCAAUGUCAUCAUAUUACCUUGUUCUGUCUGACUUUCCAUUAGCCAAGGUAAAAUGAUAUAUUUUUUGUGAGCGUAAGAAUAUAUUUUAGUUAAUGAAUCUUGACGUGCUUAAUUGCUGCCUGUUCGGUUAUAGUCACCAUAUGAAGACCAUCCUAAGAAAGGAUAUUGGCACCGCUAAAGUGUUGACAUAUCAGGUGCUCCAAGCUUUUUGCUCUGGCUUGUGUUAUUAAUGAACAUCGAUGUCAUUGGCUAGUGUAGUUUUGAUUUAAUGGUUGUAGUCUUAGAAAUGUGUAUUUAGUUUUUCUCCCUGAGCAUAAGCGCCUCUGCUGGGCGGGCAGUGGUUGCCAUGUGAGAGGGUGGGGGUUUCUUGGUGGUGUUCACGACUUGUGAAUCGUGCGGUCCAUUUAGAUGCCCAGGACUUGUCACCGGGCAGCACGAUCCACCGUGACUAAUAUUGUCUAUAGUCACACAGUAGGAAACCUUGGAUGCCGAACAUUUGUACUGUUAGUUGUACUGUUUUAACACAAAUGCCUUGUUUAUUUUUCUUAUGGUCGCUAUUGGGAUCAUGUAUGUCGUGUGUGUGGGUCUGGCGCAAAAUCAUCUGAUGGGUAAAUCGAGGUCUUAUCAAGACAUCGCUUUGCACUUCAUUGAAACGUAAUGUUUCUCAUGGUCACUAACAAGUGAAGUUAUGAAAGCACAUUUCACAUGACUCUUGAUGUCCAUCUUUUGCACGUCACUGUUGCCUUACGGUGCCAACGUGAAGCAUCUCCCUCGAGCUCUGAGUUGGCACCGCUUGGAGUCUGAAUGUAUGGAUUGAAUCUCGGUGGUAGUUUUCCUUUCUCCUGUUAGAAUUUGCAGAAUUGUCACUUUAGACGAGCAAAACUCGUACUGAAUGUCUACUAUUUGUUUUUCAUUCAAACGCUCUUUGAUCUAUAGUUGCAACUGUAUUGUCUUGGUCUCUUUUAAAUGUAUAAUUUCUGUUCAGAGGUAUGUGGUAACAACUUUUAAGGAGCUAUAUUUUAAAUAAAUUGAAAGUUAUAGGA